AUGUGGUGUGUCGUGCCGAUUGGUUAUAACUCAUCUUAUCCAUUAAGCUGGGUGCUUCUGUCUGAUUGGUCAGCUCUUGAUCCAAUCCGUUUCUGCAUCUCUCCACUUGCUUCUCAUCCACUCCUGAAGCUUAUACUCUCUCUCAGUAGCUGGGUGUCUCUCCCUGAUAGCAUUAGAUCAUCCUUAUCUUCUCCAAGUAGCUGGUGUCACCACUUGGUUGGCUUAGAACAAGAUUGCUCCAAAUGUACGUUUCCUCGUCCAGAGGGUUUCGUACGUUUCCCUGUCUGGAGGGUUUCGUCCCCGUCGUGCUUGAGAAUUAAAAUCUCCUAUUUUAAUCCUUCUCUCAUUUCCAUGUUUCUGAGCUUCCACAUAGUUGCUUGGAAAUGUGCGGAAUACCUCCAUCCGAACAUUUACGUUUCUUGCAGUUGCGGGAUAGAUCUUGGGCGUCCGUCCCAUCUCUCAAUCUGCUCGUCCGAUUUGCAUUCUGCUUCGACCAAACUUCUUAGAAUGGUCUCUUAUGUCGUCCAGACUCUUCUCUUCUUGAUUUGGAGAACUUUGAUAUUUCGUCCGUCGGCUCUUCCCAUGUUCGUACAAUGA